AGCCCAAACGGGACCAAAGAAGUGGAUCCAUCUUCUCCGUCGAUUCAGUUGCCGUGAACCUAAUCUGACGGCCAAUACCCUCAACCGAACGGUGGCGCCACUUCUUCUAAAGACGCCACCGGCAUCACGCGCUCUCAAUUCCCAAUUCUCUUACUCGGCAAUUCCCCGUCUUCUUCCUCUGUUUUAUUCCCAUUUAAAAAAGCCUUACCUACCCAAAUUAAGACAAUCCCAUUUUAAAUUCCUUGACAUUUCAUUCAUUCAUAGGAAGAGAGAAUCAUGAGUUUUGAUCUUGAGUCGCUCUCGGAGGCUACUUCCGGUGCGAUCGGUUCGCUUGUCAGCACCACUAUCUUGUACCCGCUUGAUACCUGCAAGUCAAAGUACCAAGCCGAGGUUCGAGCUCAUGGCCAACAGAAAUACAGGUAUCUUUCAGAUGUGUUGUGGGAAGCAAUAAAAAACAAUCAAGUUCUUUCGCUGUACCAGGGACUGGGAACCAAGAAUCUACAAUCUUUUGUUUCUCAGUUUUUGUACUUCUAUGGGUAUAGCUACUUCAAAAAACUAUAUCUGGAAAAAACUGGGGCUAAAUCAAUUGGAACAAAGGCAAACCUGUUACUUGCUGCUGCCGCUGGAGCUUGCAAUGCCAUCUUAACUCAGCCCUUGGAUACAGCUUCAUCAAGAAUGCAGACAAGUGCCUUUGGAAAAUCGAAAGGGCUUUUCAAAACACUGACAGAGGGCAGUUGGAGCGAUGCAUUUGAUGGUCUUGGAAUUUCUUUGCUGCUCACUGCAAACCCUGCCAUUCAGUAUACAGUAUUUGAUCAGCUGAAGCAGAACAUCCUCAAAGGAAAACAGAAUAAAUCAGAACAGGGUUCAUCUCCGGUAGUUCUUUCUGCUUUUACAGCUUUUGUAAUUGGUGCAAUUUCAAAAAGCAUUGCCACCGUUUUGACAUAUCCCGCAAUCAGGUGUAAGGUGAUGAUCCAAGCUGCACAUGACGACGAAACGAAAGAAAAUCGUCCAAAGGUCCAGCGAACAGUUCCGGGUGUUGUCCAUUCUAUAUGGAGAAAAGAAGGAGUACUAGGAUUUUUCAAGGGAUUGCAAGCACAAAUCUUGAAAACUGUACUCAGUUCAGCUCUUCUAUUGAUGAUAAAAGAGAAGAUCACUUCAACUACUUGGGUUCUAAUACUUGCAGCCAGAAGGUAUCUAUUGCUUACUAGACCUAAACUAAAAAGUAGCUGAAGGUGUUCAUUAAAUGCCAAAAACAUAUGAAGAAAAAGAAGCAAUAACGUGGGAAUAAGCACCAUUCCAUGGGAAUAAUGCAAGCUCGCUGAUCUUUACCACAAUAAUAAGGGAUAGAUUGUCAUUUCUUUAUCCUUAUUGUUUGGAAAAAGUUAGAAUUUAGUCUUUGUAGUUUAGAACUAGAAUUUAAUCCAUAUGUUUUGAUAAAAGUUUCGUAAAUAGUCCCUACGGUAGAGUCUAUUAAUGAGGAUUUUAUCAAACCAUAGAGACAAUGUAUGAGGUUGUAUCAAACUACAAUGAUUAAACUUCAAGAGAAAACUAUGGGGAUUGAUGUCGCAAUUUAAAUGACAAUAAUUUAUCUUAUGUCGAGUUUAGUAUUUAAUGUGGAAAUGGAGGAUUUUUUUUUUGUUAGAGGAGGAUUGUGUUUAGUUAGAACAUGACUGUAGCCAAUGCCAUAAAUAUUGUAUUCAAUUAGUAGUCCAUGUAACUUAGUUUGUAAUUGUAACAAUAUGUUCUUUUUUCGAGAUAAAUUUUGUGGAAA